AGAGAGAGUGUAUGCAGUAUGUAGUGUAGUGUCUCUGGUUAAACACUGUGGGAUUAUGGGAACCGUACGCAGGACUAGACGGAGGACUGGACUGUAAUUCAUACCGGAGGAGCUGCACCUGUUCACCUGUAGAGCCCUGUUCACCUGCUCAUCACUGAAGGAACAUUCAGGAACACAGAGAGCUACAGUUAAAGCUCUGUAGAGCAGCUGAUUGGUGUAGAUUAGGCCGAAUGAUUGCGGCACCCCCUGUUGGCCGGGGUGGUCAGAAUGAAGCGGGAACGUUUCAAACCUCCAGAACUGGACGAUCCGAUCUGCUGCUGUGGCGACAUCGACCAGCAGAGGGAGUACUGCUGCUGCGACUGUGAGGAACUGGAUGAUACCUGUGAAAAAUUACUUCAGAAGGAAGUUAAGAACGUGGACUUCCUGUCCCGCCUCUCUUCAGUUCUGACGGAUCGUCUGGGUUUUUCGUGUUGUUCGUUGGUACCUGUCCGUAUCGAGCUGUCUGCUCUGCCCCCCAUGCUGCUGCUUCCUGUUCUGCUGCAGGUGGCGGCGCUGCACUGCAUGCUGGGAGUUGUAGUCCUGACGGCUCUGCCAGGGCUGGUACUAUGGUAUUAUUAUGUAACGCACCGUAAAAAGAGGCGGACUCUGUUCUUCCUCAGCCUGGCGCUCUUCUCCCUCGCCUACAUGUACUUCCUGUUCCUGACUGAGAUCCUGCCCAGGGGCGACGUCACCUACCUGCAGGUGGUUACCGUGACAGCCGGCAUGGUCCUGAUGCUGGUGUCGCUCGUCCGCACCAAGCAGGGUCCGGGGAUCGUCCGAGCCGACCACGCCCACUCUGCACACGCCAGUCCUACCUCUACCAAUCAGAGCCAACUCUGCAACAAGGACUCCGCCCACUGCAAUGGAGUCAGCCAAUCGGAGAGUGCCAUGGGAACAAAGAGGAAGUGGUGUCCCGUGUGCCGAUUGGUGCGUCCGCCCCGGGCGGGGCACUGCAGGAUCUGUGGAGUGUGUGUGCUGCGUAUGGACCAUCACUGCGUCUGGAUUAAUUGCUGCGUGGGGCAGGCCAAUCACAGGGACUUCCUGUUGACGCUCCUCCUCUUCCUGUUGACGUCCCUGUAUGGGAUUAGCAUGGUGCUGCGCAGUGUUUGCCCCCGACAGAGUGUGUUCACCGCCCUGCUGUACUGCCCCGGGGUCUACAACCAGUACAGCACAGCGCUGUGUUUUACGUGUGUGUGGUACAGCUGUAUAAUUACAGGUGGGCUACUGCACCUGCUGAUCCUGCAGGUGAUUAAUAUCAGCUGUAACGUGACGGAGCGUGAGGUCCAGCUCUCCCUGAGGAACGGAACCGGACGCAGGAGGUUCUGCGGACUGCUGGUGAACACCGGAGCACCAUCGCACGGGUUCACCACAAACUGGACCCAGUUCCUCACCAUGCACACCGCCGACCCACCAAACCACCCCCUCACACUCAGCAACAUGGUAUAACCCACCAAACCACCCCCUCACACUCAGCAACGUGGUAUAACCCACCAUACCUCCCCUCAAACUCUGCAACAUGGUAUAACCCCCCCCACACACUCAGCAACGUGGUAUAACCCACCACACACCCCCCCACACUCAGCAACGUGGUAUAACCCACCACACCCCCCUCACACUCAGCAACAUGGUAUAACCCAACAUCCACCCCUCCUCACACUCAGCAACGUGGUAUAACCCACCACACCCCCCUCACACUCAGCAACAUGGUAUAACCCAACAUCCACCCCUCCUCACACUCAGCAACGUGGUAUAACCCACCACACACCCCCCACACUCAGCAACGUGGUAUAACCCACCACACACCCCCCCACACUCAGCAACGUGGUAUAACCCACCACACACCCCCCACACUCAGCAACGUGGUAUAACCCACCACACCCCCCCCACACUCAGCAACAUGGUAUAACCCAACAUCCACCCCUCCUCACACUCAGCAACGUGGUAUAACCCACCACACACCCCCCACACUCAGCAACGUGGUAUAACCCACCACACACCCCCCCACACUCAGCAACGUGGUAUAACCCACCACACACCCCCCCACACUCAGCAACGUGGUAUAACCCACCACACACCCCUCCUCACACUCAGCAACGUGGUAUAACCCACCACACCCCCCCCACACUCAGCAACAUGGUAUAACCCAACAUCCACCCCUCCUCACACUCAGCAACGUGGUAUAACCCACCACACCCCCCUCACACUCAGCAACAUGGUAUAACCCAACAUCCACCCCUCCUCACACUCAGCAACGUGGUAUAACCCACCACACACCCCCCACACUCAGCAACGUGGUAUAACCCACCACACCCCCCCACACUCAGCAACAUGGUAUAACCCAACAUCCACCCCUCCUCACACUCAGCAACGUGGUAUAACCCACCACACCCCCCCUCACUCAGCAACAUGGUAUAACCCCCCCCACACUCAGCAACGUGGUAUAACCCAACACACCUCCCCUCACUCAGCAACAUGGUAUAACCCCCCCCACACUCAGCAACGUGGUAUAACCCACCACACGCCCCCCCCACACUCAGCAACGUGGUAUAACCCACCACACACCCCCCACACUCAGCAACGUGGUAUAACCCACCACACCCCCCCUCACUCAGCAACAUGGUAUAACCAACCACACACCUCCCCUCACACAUAGCAACGUGGUAUAACCAACCACACACCCCCCCUCACACUCAGCAACGUGGUAUAACCCACCACACCCCCCCUCACACUCAGCAACGUGGUAUAACCCACCACACACCCCCCCACACACAGCAACGUGGUAUAACCCACCACACCCCCCCUCACACUCAGCAACGUGGUAUAACCCACCACACACCCCCCCACACACAGCAACGUGGUAUAACCCACCACACCCCCCCUCACACUCAGCAACAUGGUAUAACCCACCAGACACCCCCCCUCACACUCAGCAACAUGGUAUAACCCACCAGACACCCCCCCUCACACUCAGCAACGUGGUAUAACCCACCACACCCCCCCCCCACACACACAGCAAUGUGGUAUAACCCACCACACCCCCCCUCACACUCAGCAACGUGGUAUAACCCACCACACACCCCCCCACACACAGCAACGUGGUAUAACCCACCACACCCCCCCUCACACUCAGCAACAUGGUAUAACCCACCAGACACCCCCCUCACACUCAGCAACAUGGUAUAACCCACCAGACACCCCCCCUCACACUCAGCAACGCGGUAUAACCCACCACACCCCCCCUCACACUCAGCAACGCGGUAUAACCCACCACACCCCCCCUCACACUCAGCAACGCGGUAUAACCCACCACACCCCCCCUCACACUCAGCAACGCGGUAUAACCCACCACACCCCCCUCACACUCAGCAACGUGGUAUAACCCACCACACACCCCUCCUCACACUCAGCAACGUGGUAUAACCCACCCCCCCCCCUCAC